AUGUCUACAUCACUUACACUCUUGACUCCGAAUACUAAUAACACAACAGCAGAAGCCAUGGAAGCUAAAGCAAAACCAGCUAUGGAGUUUGUGAAGAGUAACAAAGGGAGGAAACCAAAUGGGAGAGGUCCAUACCAAAAGAAACAGCCACAAAGAGGUAUGGGAGUGGCUCAACUUGAACGUUUAAGGAAAAUGACUGAAACAAGAACCCCAACAACAACAACCCAGUUUCCUUCUGAACCUAUUGGGAAUACUAGUAAUGUUCCUGUACUUCAUGGUGUAGCAAACUAUGGUGUUCCCAUGAUGAUGAAUGGUGGAGGAAGUGGGGGGUUAUGGGGUUGGGGUACUGACACAGCUGGCUUUGUGAUGCAAAGGAUUGUUGGAAUCGGAGGGUUUGGUGGUUUGAAUGGUCAGGUUUUGGUUGGAUCAGCUCCCGGUAACGUUCAGGUUGGUUGUGGUGGUGCUGGUGUUGCGGAGGCUUCUAAAUGGAAAUCUUCAACGCCAAAGUUGCAGCAUAGUAAACCUGAUCGUUGUGACGUUUGCUUUAAGAAGAAGCGUCGCAAUGGGGAGAAUGCGAAGUUUAAUAGAGGGUUCAACCAAUUUGGACAAGUUUUGCCCAUCAAAAGAGCUGAUUUUCUUGGAUACAACCUGGGAAACACUCAAAACAUCAAUGAGGAGAUGAUCAAUGGAUUCAGUACUAGAGCUGCAAGCAGUGCUUCUACUUAUGCAGGCCAAAUGAACAAUAUCAAUGAGACUGUGGAUGCGGUGGCAAUUCACAGGAAGGGAAAGUCAAUUGGCACUGGAAGUUUUCUCAUGGAGUAUGAAUUUUUCCCAGGGGAAAGUAGCAGAAGCACUUCUUCCAAGAAAUGGGAAUUGCCAGCAGAAGCUUCAGUUGCAAUGGGAGGUGAAGCUUCUUAUGCUGAUGCUUCUAAUUGUGUUGAUUUGUCCCUCAAGCUUUCAUAUUAG